ACGGACGCCGGAAGCGCCUGCGCGGGGCUGCGGUGUCGCGGGGCUGCGCGCCCUUGGACCAUGGCGACCCAGGCGAAGCGCCGGCGGGUGGCAGGGCUUGCGGACAGUGAGGACCCGGCCCCGGUGGCCGGCUUCCUGAGCUGGUGCCGGCGGGUGGGACUGGAGCUGAGUCCCAAGGUGGCGGUGAGCCGGCAGGGCACGGUGGCCGGCUACGGCAUGGUGGCCCGGGAGAGCGUGCAGCCCGGGGAGCUGCUGUUCGCGGUGCCGCGGGCCGCACUCCUGUCGCAGCACACUUGCUCAAUCAGCGGCCUGCUGGAGCGAGAGCGAGGCGCGCUGCAGAGCCAGUCGGGAUGGGUGCCGCUGCUGCUGGCGCUGCUCCACGAGCUGCAGGCCCCGGCCUCGCCCUGGAGCCCCUACUUUGCGCUGUGGCCCGAGCUGGGCCGCUUGGAGCACCCCAUGUUCUGGCCAGAGGAGGAGCGCCGGCGAUUGCUGCAGGGCACCGGCGUACCCGAGGCUGUGGAGAAGGAUUUGGCCAGCAUCCGCAGCGAGUAUUAUUCCAUCGUGCUGCCCUUCAUGGAAGCCCACCCCGAUCUUUUCAGCCCCAGGGUGCGCUCUCUGGAACUCUACCGCCAGCUCGUGGCUCUUGUGAUGGCCUACAGCUUUCAGGAACCACUGGAGGAAGAGGAGGAUGAAAAGGAGCCAAACUCCCCUUUGAUGGUGCCUGCUGCAGACGUACUAAACCACUUAGCCAAUCACAAUGCCAAUCUAGAAUACUCUCCAAAUUGUCUUCGGAUGGUGGCCACUCAGCCCAUUCCUAAAGGCCAUGAGAUUUUCAACACUUACGGGCAAAUGGCUAACUGGCAGUUGAUUCACAUGUAUGGUUUUGCUGAACCGUAUCCUGACAACACGGAUGACACGGCUGACAUUCAGAUGGUGACGGUUCGUGAAGCAGCGUUACAGGGAACAAAAGUUGAAGCUGAAAGGCUCCUACUGUAUGAACGCUGGGAUUUCUUAUGCAAACUGGAGAUGGUAGGGGAAGAGGGAGCCUUUGUGAUUGGGUGGGAGGAGGUGCUGACAGAAGAGGAACUGGCCAUGACACUCAAGGUACUGUGCAUGCCUGCUGAGGAGUUCAGAGAAUUUAAAGACCAGGAUGGAUGGGGAGAUGAUAAAAGGGAAGAGGACAGCCUGACAAUCACAAAUAUCCCCAAACUCAAAGCAUCAUGGAGACAGCUUCUUCGGGACAGUGUUUUGUUGACCCUGCAAACCUAUGCCACAGACUUAAAAGCUGAGCAAGAUUUACUCAGUAAUAAGGAGGUCUACGCCACACUCAGCUGGAGGGAACAGCAAGCCUUACAGGUUCGUUAUGGUCAGAAGAUGAUCUUACACCAAUUGUUGGAACUGACAAAUUAGCAGGUUCCCUUUUUCCUGAAGGAAUGUCCAGGAGAAGAACUUUCUGCUAAGCUGGUACGCACUGAUGCUUGAAAAGAAGGAUAAUUUGGACCUUUUGUUUUGCAUUUCAUACUAAAUACCAAAAGGAAAAGUAGCAAAACUGUUGUCUAGGAUGAAUUCCAAGGUAAGAGUGACAUGCUGAAGGAAACAGUAGACGUGGGAACUGCUGCUUAUUGUUAUGAACACUAAUAAAUUUUAUAGCUGUUUGGUUCUCAGUAUGAUCCAAAGUUAGCAGAAAUGUGAUAGUGAUACAUUUUGUUGUAGUUUGGCAUUUAACAACAUGGACUUACUUUGAAAGUAGACCUGGUUCAAAUCCAGGUCUAUUUUGAACAAGUCACUUUCCCUUUUUUAACAACUGUUUCCUGUUGGAGGAUUUAAUAAGCUGUGUCACUGGGACUCUGAGCAAUUGUUUGUUUAAAUUCCUUAAGCAGCCUAGAUGGCACAAUUCACCCUUAAGACACCAAUGACAUUCAAGUCCCCAUGUAAGAUUUCUACUAUUUAAUCCUGAACCUCUUUGUCCUCUCUGGCCAUAAAACUUGACAGUCAUGAAAGGUAAAGGUAUAUAUUAGAUAAAAGUUUUAAAUAUAUACCUACUCCUUUUAAAAAUUAUAUCUAACAUUGUAAAGCAAUUAUACUCCAAUAAAGAUGUUAAAAAAAUA